GUGUUACCGCCCUUGGGGUGAGAAAGAAAGUGAGUAGCAGUGAAGCCUUCGUAUUCAUUGGAGCAGUACUGUAAGUAACUAGCUACUGUCAUUUGAUAGCUUGCGCCUUCUGGAGUGAACUGAAGACGUGUGGGUUGAAUUUGCCCAGUCGCUGUAGAUUCAGAUUACCUGCCCCUAGGUGUGACACUUGGACCCAGAGGGACACAGACAGACACCCUGGUCUGCGGUUGGUGUAGCAGAGAGAGAACAUGGCAUUGUCGUUUAAGAAAGACCUGGAGAAGUACAAGGAGAUUGACGAGGAUGAGAUCCUUAACAACCUGUCAGAGCAGGAACUCAAACAACUGGAGACUGCCCUGGAGGAGAUGGACCCAGAGAAUGCAUUGCUGCCAGCGAUGCGUCAGAAGGACCACACAGUGAAAGCAGCCACCGGCCCCUACAGCAGAGAAAGUUUUCUGGAGAAGGAGGCCCUGGAGUAUAAAGACAGAGAUGAUGUGGUGUCUUUCUCUGGAGAGAGGAAAGGCAAGGCAUUUGUUCCCAAGCAGCGGCCCAUCGAGUCUCGUCAGGAAGAGGUAACGACCCUUGACCCGGAACUGGAAGAGGCCCUGUCCAGUGCUACCGACACUGAACUCUGUGACCUGGCAGCCAUCCUAGGUGUCCAUACCCUGGUGACCAGCACCCAGAGCUACGAUGGAACCAGCAGUAAAGACGGAGGAUACAACAACGUGGUGAAGGGGGAGCAGAUGAACCCCGUGUUUGAUGAGCCUCCCAACCCCACUAACGUAGACGACACUCUGCAGAGGAUAAAAAACAACGACCCUGCGCUGACGGAGGUUAACCUCAACAACAUCAAGAACAUUCCCAUUCCCACGCUGAAGGAGUUUGCCAAGGCCAUGGAGAGGAACACACACGUCAAGAAGUUCAGCCUCGCCGCCACACGGAGCAACGACCCCAUCGCUGUGGCGAUGAGUGAGAUGCUGAAGGAGAACAAGUCGUUGCGGAGUCUCAACCUGGAGUCUAACUUCAUCACCAGCGCUGGUGCUGCUGCUCUGGUGGACUCUCUCCGAGACAACGACACGCUGACUGAGAUCAAGAUCGACAACCAGAGGCAGCAGCUGGGGACUUCAGUAGAGAUGGAGAUGGCUAAGAUGCUGGAGGACAACAACAGCAUAGUGAAGUUUGGCUACCACUUCUGUCAGCAAGGCCCACGGGCUAGAGCUGCUGCUGCUAUCACCAAGAACAAUGACCUGAUCCGCAAGAGGCGAGUGGAGGGGGACCAGUAAGGGGCGGAGCCUGUCGUGUCUCCCAGACCUGUCCCGUCGUCUCAUCUCGCCGUAUGGAAUACAUUUUCAGCCAAUCCCCUGGUCUCAUCUCACCGUGGACGUUAAGUCUUGUGCCAAAACCCGGAGCAAGGCGCCCUCAACCAGACAGGGACUGUGAGUCCCAAAUGGCACCCUUGUUCCCUACGUAGUGCACUACUUUUGAUCAGAGCCCUAGGGGCUGUGAUCGUGCCCUAUAGAGAAUAGGGUUCCAUUUGAGACGCAGGUAACAUCAUCUAUCUGAGGAGAAGAGAAAUAACUGGAAUAGCCCUCUCUAAUACCUACAUAUCUAUACACACGUUGUUGUUGUUGUUAUUAUUAUUGUUUAUUAUACUAUUGUUAGAACUACAGCUGUACAUCUUAUUGUUUCGUUUUUUCAGUUCAUUUCAGGCGCUUUCUUUUUUUAUUUUCUUUGAAUGAUUUAUUUUUGUUUUUUUUACUGUGUUUAGAGCAACAUGAACAGUACUGUAAUCUAACCAAGUAACCAUGGUUUUAAACAUACUAUCCUAACCUCUGACCUCUAACCCUACAGUGGUAUAGGGCCCUGACCUCCAACCCCUACAGUGGUACGGGACAGGCCUCCCUAGCUAGACUGCUGUAUCUCUUGGUUCUGAAAGCUCUUGGUUCUGAUCAGUGCUUCCUACACAGGGGGAAGAGAGAGGUUGAUGUGAUGGGUUGUCCUGGUAGGGCUGUCUGUUAACCUCCUGGGGUGGAUGUGGUGGGUUGUCCUGGUAGGGCCGUCUGUUAACCUCCUGGGGUGGAUGUGGUGGGUUGUCCUGGUAGGGCCGUCUGUUAACCUCCUGGGGUGGAUGUGGUGGGUUGUCCUGGUAGGGCCGUCUGUUAACCUCCUGGGGUGGAUGUGGUGGGUUGUCCUGGUAGGGCCGUCUGUUAACCUCCUGGGGUGGAUGUGGUGGGUUGUCCUGGUAGGGCUGUCUGUUAACCUCCUGGGGUGGAUGUGGUGGGUUGUCCUGGUAGGGCCGUCUGUUAACCUCCUGGGGUGGAUGUGGUGGGUUGUCCUGGUAGGGCUGUCUGUUAUCCUCCUGGGGUGGAUGUGGUGGGUUGUCCUGGUAGGGCUGU